AUGGAUCCUCCAAAUCUCCCUCUCUUGCUUCUUCUAGUGUUUGCUUCCACCGUUAACGCCCAAGAUCCCUUCCAAACCUCGGUCUGUAACACCACCGGCAACUUCACCGCGGACGACACCUACCUCACCACCCUCACCAAACUCCUCGUCUCCUUCUCCACCCCCAGCUCCUCGUCCCUCGCUUACGGCUUCUUCAAUGAUUCCGCUCCCGUCUCCGGCACCUCCGAAACCCUCUAUGUCAUCGGAUCUUGCCGCGGAGGCCUCACUGCCGAGAGCUGCCGCUUCUGCCUCAGUGGCUCAGCCCUUGAAAUCAUCGGUUUAUGCCUCCACAAGAAGGGGGCGGUCCUCUAUAAAGCGAACUGCACCGUCCGGUACUCUAACGCCUCAAUCUUUGGCAUAGCCACAGUUGAACCUGUCUCCAUGUUGUACAACGUGAACGACUUCAAGAGCCCAGCCAUGUACAACACGGCGCUGAAGCCGCUGCUGGUAGAUCUGCAAGGCAAAGCGGCGACUGGUGGCUUGCUGGGGAAGUACGCGACAGGGAACACAUCCGCGGCAAUGCAGCGAAUGCCUCGGGAACCUCAUCGGAAUGUUCGAACAAUGCUGUGCCGGGAAGAUAGGAAUCAGGAUCAUGGUGCCGAGUUGCUGGAUCCACUACGAGACCAAUAA